AUGGCGGCAAUGAUUAACGGAAUGGCUAAAAGGAAGAAACAACAAGAUGACUCAUUGUCGCAUAACAAGAGGAAAGCACGUCGCAUGGUUUGGUCUGAUGAUCUUCAUGCAAAGUUUGUUGAUGCUGUUAAUGUACUUGGCAUUGCAGAGGCUGUUCCGAGAAAAAUAAUAGCUUUAAUGAAUGUUGAAGGAAUUACUACCUCUCAUGUCGCUAGCCAUCUUCAGAAAUAUAGACUCCGUAUGAAAAAGGCUGUUGACAAGGUUCCUUCAACACUGAUUCAGCCUGCUCAAUCUCAAUACAUCAACAUUCAUCCAUCAUACAAGUUUCCUGCAAAUCAAACCUCACCUUUAUUCCUCCCUAACAAACUGGCUGUCCAUCAAUCUCACUCACAAAUUUAUUCUCCAACCGGUUUCAACAUGAGUGGACCGAGUCCUUCAACACUAAUUCAAUCUCAGAAUAUCAACAACAGUUCGUCAAUCCUCCAUCCACCGCCGUCCAUCUCCUUUCCUAUAUAUCAUCAAACCUCUACGUUUCCAACUCUUGUUAACCAAUAUACUACUCCACUCGACUUCCAUGACAGUAGGGCUACUAACUUCCCUUUACAAAUCUCAAAUCAUCCUUUCUUGUUUCAAAUGAACUCACAUGAUGUUGCUGCUUCUUCAAAAUGCACAAGCAUUUGGGAUUAUGAUUGGUAUCAAAAAUACAUGAAAAGGGAGCCUCAGUUACUUCAAUUUCCCCACAAUUCCUUGCCGGUUUGGGAGACUUACAAAACAAGUCAAAAUAGUCAAAUGAAGAAUUCACAGCAGGUACAUAAUGUAGAGCCAAUUAUUGUUGGAUCAUCUGCUUCUUUGGAAGACACAAACAUCAAUAUUUCGGAUUAUAAUCGGUGUGAUGAUGAUAGUCUUAUUGACUUUUCGGUUGAAGAAACAGAUCCUAAUUACUUUAGCGGAUAUUACAAAGAUGCAGGGAUGCAUAGAAGAAGAGGAUCUCAUUAA